UGAGCGAGCGAGUGAGCGAGCGAGUGAGCGAAUGUACAAGCAGGAUCAGGAAGGGGAGAGAAAGGGAGCAUAGAAGGACACAGAAGAAACACAGAGAGAGCGAUAGGGAGAGGGAAAGAGAGGGAGAGAGAGAAAGAGAGAGGGUUUGUGCAAGAGCAAGCCGCGAUUCCCCAAGAAAAGGGAGGUGCAUACUUCCAUCUCCUCAUGGGGGAUUUAAACUGCCUCAGCUUGGCUUCUGUCUGAUAGAGGAUUCCCCGGCUCGUGGAGUACGCCGCUCUCCUCUAAUGUAGCACAGGACUUUGUUGUGAAGCCAUAGAGGCGCACAGGAAGGAGGGAGAGGGACACUUGCGCCUACUUCCUUUGUAACCAACCUGCUUGACAGAUGGCACUGGCAUGGUGAUCUUUGACUCUCACCCAGGGACCGGUCCUCGCUUCACUCACUGAGCAACCACGAGGUGAGAGCGACACAUCGGGUCACAGGACAGACCCCAACCUCCAGCAUAGGCGCAAGCUGGACCAGCGGUAUCUUCUUCUUCCAAAAUGGCCACAAAGUGACACGACAAUCGACGCCCCGGCCUGUACGUACAACAUCAGCAUUACCAGUCAAGGGCUGACAGCUGAUGCCUUCACAUUUAGCGUUAGCGAGCUACGGUAACUGCUCUGGCAGCUCAGGCACAAACGUAGCCAAUGUGUAAAGGUGUGUGUAACUUGGCCUGCCAGUCCCUGGGGGAAACGCCAAAGGAGUAGUGUUACACUCCCUGACAGACCUUAUACAUGUUUCAUCUGCUGCCCUCAGAACAGAAGCCCCCUUUGUUAUCUAAUCUAGCCCGCUUCUCCCCAGCCUGAGUGACUGUGAGGAGCAGUCUUGUGGCAGUAAACUCAGUCUGUCAGCCAGCCUCUGAACUGAUACGUAUCCACCAGCAGCUCAGGAGCAGCAGAAGGACUUGGCCAGGCCUGUCUGCUAUCAGGACUUCUCUGCCUCAUAUUCUAAUCCACUGGCUGUCACCCACAGAGUGCUUUAAAAUUAACAAGAGGCUGCGUGAGGUCCACUGAAGAUUGUCAGGAAUCCAGACUGUGUCGAGAGCUGAACUCUGUACAGUGGUUCUUCAAGCUACAUCGUAACCAAUCUGCCACUAACCACAGAUCUCUGAAAGGAAGUGGUUUAGGGGUUGUAUUUUAGAGCGUUAGCUGGGAGUCAUGAGCGACACUCUCAGACCUCCUUCACUCCAAGUGAGCGUGCCGAAAGACGCUCCUGCAUACUCAGAUGGAGGAUACAACGCCGUGUCGGACGGCUCGGUGAGGUCCAGCUCCUCAACCCCGACCCUCCGCCGCAAGCGCUUCAAGAUGCGGCGCAUGAGGAACGUUCCCAGCGAGAGGGACAUUGAAAGAGGGCGGCUGAACGGGAAUCACCUCUCGGCCAGAUCCCGCUCCAGCUCCAAGGAGUACCUUCAGUUGCCUUCCAUUGAGAUCACGCCAUCCAGCGAUGAAGACGCUGCGUCCUCGUGGUCCAACUGCUCCACGCCCAGCGCGUCUCCUCGCCGGAAGCGUUUUCUGUUGAGAAAGUGGCUGAAGGUCAGGGAGAAGAAGGAUCAAGGCAGUGAGAGCAGCAGCCAGCAAAGCAGUCAGCAAAGCAGCCUGCAGAGCAGCCAUGAAGAUGACAGCAACCGCUUCUUGACCCCAUUAAUCCGAGAGGAGAGGUCUGACAGUGCAGCGGACAAAAUCAGCACUGCCAGUAACUCAAACAAGAGCACACCGGCCUGCUCACCAGUCCUGCGUAAACGCUCGCGCUCUCCAACACCACAGAGCCAGGAGGGUGAGAACAUGGUGGAGAAGGGAUCAGACCACUCCUCUGAUAAGUCCCCCUCCACGCCCGAGCAGGUUGUCCAGAGAACAUACUCCCUUCAGUCAGCACGGAGCGGGGGAAAGAACUCCAAGUCUCACAAGCGACUUUCCAAAUAUGACAGACUAAACCUGAUUAAAAAAAGCCAAAGCUGGUAUAACCAUGAAAGACAACACAUCCUGAGAGUGCUGAGCCCGACAUACAAGCAGCGAAAUGAGGACUUUAGGAAACUCUUCAAGCAGCUCCCCGACACAGAGAGGCUCAUUGUGGACUACUCCUGUGCUCUUCAACGGGACAUCCUCCUGCAGGGACGACUCUACCUCUCUGAGAACUGGAUCUGUUUCUAUAGCAACAUCUUCCGUUGGGAAACCCUGCUGACGGUGCGGCUAAAGGACAUCUGCUCAAUGACAAAAGAAAAGACUGCCCGUCUCAUUCCCAAUGCCAUCCAGGUCUGCACAGACAAUGAGAAGCACUUCUUCACCUCAUUUGGAGCCAGGGACAGGACGUACAUGAUGAUGUUCAGACUGUGGCAGAACGCGCUGCUUGACAAGCCCCUGUGCCCAAAAGAACUGUGGCACUUUGUUCAUCAGUGCUACGGCAACGAGCUCGGCCUAACCAGCGACGACGAGGACUAUGUUCCCCCUGAUGACGACUUCAACACCAUGGGGUUCAGUGAAGAGAUUCCCAAUGAAGAGAAUGAGAUCAACAAUGACAACUUGUCAAAGAGCAGCGCGGAAGCCAAGCCUGAGGGCAGCCCUCCUCCGAUACACAAGAAGCUUGUCCCAAACAGCACCAUCCCCAGCAACCACGACACGGCAAUCACGUUUGACCUCCCAGCAGAGGAAUACGCAGACUGCCUACCAGACGGGGAGCUACUGGCUGUGCCUCUAGUGGUGGAGGAGAAGAACGAGACCACGGGGCCGGGUGGUCUUGUCCCCUCACCAUCGCUGGACUUCAACGACAACGAAGACAUCCCCACUGAGCUCAGCGACUCGUCUGAAACACAUGACGAAGGGGAGGUACAGGCCUUCCAUGAAGAUCUGAAUGGCAGGCAGCAUAUCAACGAAGUCUACAAGUUCAGCGUGGACAAGCUCUACGACAUCCUCUUCACAGAGUCCCAGUUCAUGAGUGACUUCAUGGAACAGAGACGAUUCUCAGACGUGGUUUACCACCCGUGGAAGAAGGAGGAGGAUGGGAAUCAGACCAGAGAGAUCAUGUACACCAUCUCUUUGUCCAACCCUCUGGCCCCCAAAACGGCCACAGUGACUGAGACACAGACUCUCUACAAGGCUAGUCAGGAGAGCGAGUGUUACAUCAUCGACGCUGAGGUCAUCACUCAUGACGUGCCCUACCAUGAUUACUUCUACACUCUCAACCGCUACAUGCUCACACGGGUGGCCAAGAACAAGUGUCGGUUACGGGUAUCAACGGAGCUGCGCUACAGGAAACAGCCGUGGGGGCUGGUGAAAGGCUUCAUAGAGAAAAAUUUCUGGAGUGGGCUUGAGGAGAACUUCCGCCAUCUUGAGUUGGAGUUGUCCAAGCUGGAGAUCCUGACCGAGUCCCACCAGCUGUCUCCAAAGGCCAAGGUAGUGAAGAACUCCACGGUGAGGCGAAAGAAGAGGCCGCUCCCCCACAUGCGCAGCCAGCACCUGGACGAGGCCCUCAGCCCGGUUACCACACCAACGGACGAGGAAGUGAUUCAGAGGAUCAAACAAGUGGCAGGCUCCACACAGACCAGACACCAGAGUCCAGAACAUCAUAACCUGCCCGGUGGCCUCGCGCUAUACAGCGUCUCUAAACUGCUGCUCAUCAUCAGCUUUGUGAUCUGUCUCAGCUUGGUCCUGCUGGUGUUCCUCAACAUGAUGCUGUUCUACAAGCUGUGGAUGCUGGAGUACUCUGCGCAGUCCUUAACAACCUGGCAAGGACUGCGGCUUCAUGAAAGUAAACUGCCCCAGACGCAGAUGGAGUGGGCCCAGCUUCUGGAGGCGCAGCAGCGUUACCAUGACUCCGAGCUGCAGAAGUGGAGGGAGAUAAUCAAGUCGUCGGUGGUGCUGCUAGACCAGAUGAAAGACUCUUUAUUGACUCUACAACGAGGCAUUGGUUUAAGGGACUACAGCUCUGAGACUGAGGAGAAGAGAAGUCGCUAUCACUGACACACCACCAUAAGGCCAUGAGGGCAUGCUGUGCAAUAUAGGACCUGUUUUGUUUGUGAACCAGUAUGCAGGCAGCAGCAAGGCAGAAGGAUGACAGAGGGGGACGGUGGGACCGACUGUGAGCGGGGUCCAAAGACACAAAGAGAGGAACGGUCGUCUCGAGCGCGCAGAGGUUAAAACCAGAGGAGGAAAUCGUGGAAAGAAAGCACCCGCUGUCGCACACAGGAACUGAGGCGUCCCCAAACAUCGCCGAGGCAUCGCGGAAAGGAGACUCCUCCUCGACACCUGCGGGAUAACCGUUUUCUUCUACUCUCUUUAUUUCCAAGUGCAUCCUAGUGCAUCCUACUGUAAGCCAUGUCAACCAGGGGAGUGGUGGAGAGAAGGAAGGAAAACUACUGCAUGCAUUUAGACAACCUAGCUCCCCUCAGUCAGUGUUAAUGUGGUCCAGUUCCAGUUCCAGUCUCUGUGUGUCAAAAAAAAAAGAAGAACAGAAGAAGAUGAGAGAUUGAGUCGAAGGAAAGGGGAGGGGUCCUUUCGAGUCUUAAUGACUUUUUACACUCUCUCGACUGUUCCAAACCAAUCGUCCCCUAGAGGUCCUCGCUGCAGCGUCCCUUUAAGAAACCUCCAGGUGAUCAGAGGACAGAGUCGUUCCACUAAAUGAUACAAGUAUUGUAGCUGGGGGAUCAGCUUCACUGAUCAGUCCCGAUUGCCUCGUAUGGUUUCUGUCAGGGCUGGCUCCCUGUCAGACAAUGUGAUGUUUCAAAGUAGAAUCUAAAGAUUGAUAAGACCUAAGACGGUCUUUUUAACCCUAGACACAAAUCACAUUAUCAGCCCCUCCCAAACCACAGUGUUACCUACCGUUACGCUGCAUUAUUUCUCAUCCUGCUGAUGAAUUCGAAUGUAUUAGUCUGGAAAAGCGGCCCGACUUUGAUCACAACUUAUGAAUCUUGUACACAGGGACUCUGCAGCCAGACCAGUAGGGAGACCUGUAUUCUUACAUGUUUUAUUACUAAACUGUGAUUAUAUCUCUUUAAAGAUGUUUCAAAUUGGAAAGAAAUCUAUGAAUAUAUUUGAAAUAUAUAAGAAUAUUUCAUUAUUUAAUAUAUAUAUAUUUCAAAAUAUAUAAACAUUACCUAUAUUUAUUGUUAAUUUAUGUACAUACAGAAAUUAUCAGAGAUCUAGACCGGUUAAAGAAUUUCUAACAAAAAGUCUUUUCUUCUAAAAAUGCAUGCCAGAUAUGUCUGUGACAUGUCCAGUGUGCAAGUAUGAUUCUGCAUUUGCGCGAUUAUAUUCGCGUGUGUGUGUGUGUGUGUGUGUGAGAGAGAGAGAGAGAGACAGAGAGUGUGCGUGCGUGAGUGUGUGUGGGAGAGAGAGAUUGAGAUUGUGUGUGCUGGAAAAAGUGACAUUUAUACCAUUCCACACUGUAUGUUUCUUGUUUUUUUUCUUCUCUGGCUCCUGCAGCCAGUCUGCCUUUUUUUUCUUUUCUUUUCUUUUUUUUUUUUUUUUUUUUUACUGCUAAUGCGUUUGAAUGCCGCCUUGCAAUAGUCCCACCAGGGUACAGUUUACAAUCGAAGAGUUUUGUUCCAAAAUGAUGUAUCCGAGAAUUGAAAACAAAGUUACUACUACUGCUCCUACUCUAAAAGAACGAGUCUUUGCUUGAAUUAAUGUUAGAUUAACGUAGUAGAUUAAAUCCAUGGUAAGAAAAAGACAAGUCCUCAGACUGAAUAAGACCCAUUUUUCUCUUGUAAAUGGAUAUAGAACAUUUUGGAGAUGAACCCUUCUUCUGCCCUCUUCUGUUCACCUCACCACAUUAGUGGCUUGACCACUCUUUGCAAAAAAACAGUUUGAUAUUUUGAGAAAUGUGCUUAUAUUUUGAUGAUUGACACCACUUUCAUCUCAGUGCGUUGAAUAUUAAGCUACAGCCAGCAGCUAAUUAGUCUUGACGUUACGACACACAACUAGCCAUCAGUGAGGCUCUGGUUAUUUGCUGUGUGUCCUGCACUGUUGACACUUGUCAGCAGCUUUUGACCCAUUUGAGUCUGUCAGUGACUGAGAUGACUCUGAUUGGUUGCUCAGCUUAGCAAACCAAUGUUAAAGAAAGGAAACGUAAAUGAAGAAGUAAGCAAACAGCAAAAGAAGGUUCUUCUUGUUUUCCAUCUCAACUAAACAUUCCAAUACUCACGUAUCUGCACAACAUUACCAUCUGGAAUGAACAAACUGUAUCGGCAUGAUUCAAGAGAGGCCAGCUCUGUACGAUUUCUUUGUAGCUCUUUCAGUCACCUUUUUUGAAUGACGAGUACAGACUACUGCCAUCUGCUGGUACUGACGGGUUGUUUCCUUUCACACUGGCGCAGAACAUACAAUAUAUAAGCCAGCUGUAGUCUUUGUGAUGUGUUCAAGUCAGCUUUUUGGUUCAGACGGAAUUGAUGACAAAGUACGUCCUCAUCCUCACUAGUUAUUUCCUACUAGCCAAGAGCGGCUUAGCUUAGCUUAGCUUAGCUUAGCUUAGCUUAACUUAGCAUUACAAGCAUAGCAAAAUGUGUCCAUUCAUCUUUAGGUUAGAAAUUGGAGUACCAUCUAGUUUCUCAUCAAACUAAAAAAGUAUGUGCAUUUCUCAAAAUAUCAAACAAUUUCUAUUAAAAAAAAAAUAAAAAUAAAAAAAAUAACAACUACUUCAACCGAAAUGCUACAUCCCCUCUCCCCAUUUCAAGUGUCUGUCUUGGAUGCAAUGAAAGCAUGAAUACUAACCUUACGCAACUAAAUUGAACCAAAAGAAAGAAGUAGAAAUGUACCUUCACAAAUAAUCAUGUUUGUUUUAAAUGAAGUAUUUAUCAUGUAUGUCAUGUAUUAUACGUAUAUAUAUAGAUAUACUGGAUUUAGGUGCAGCAAAGAGCAUCUCUUAAGAGUUUGUCAACGCAGACCCCUUCAGCUGACAGACAGUGAAAGCACUUCCAAAACUAGAAAUACCUUCCUUGUGUAAAAACAGAGAAAGUGAAGCACUUUAAGGCCUUUUCGGGUAACGAAUGAAAGACAGUAAACUGGCAGCAGUUUAGUAUGAAGGUGAAGGAGUUUAUUUUAUGAUUUGACAUCCACACUGGUGAUUUAUGACUAGGCUCAGUAUGAAAUAAUUGUAUUUUAAUCAAAAAAUGUGUUAUUUUUGCCUAAGUAUAGUAUUGACAUGUGAAAUCACUUCCAAAACAAAGAAGGUCCAAACAAAGACUCACAAACUUUCUUGUCCUUUUUCAGGACAAGAUGCAACUGAAUGAUUAUUGAAUGAGGGCAAGGUAUCUUUACUGUGUGCCUGCAUGGCGUGUUAGUGACUAACAUAUUGAGAACAGCAGAAGAGCUUCAGGACUGGAUCCCUGCUGUGUGUGUCUGUGUGUGUAUGUUACAUUUGAAGAAGUCACUGAGUGAUGACGACACACACAGACUUUAAGACCUGAAUGUGAGUGGUUAGAAAUGCUUCCAGUUAUGUAGAACUCUGAAAAGAUUAUACUCCAGUUAUCCUUCAUCUGAAUGAUGGUGCACGAAUGUCAUAUACUAUAUGAAAAUGAAAUGCUUUAAAGGUUUGUUUUCAAGUGUAUUAAAAAGUUUUUUUUUUUUUUUUUUUUUUAACUUUGAAGGAGACAUGGUAAAUGCUGGAUUGGGACAGUUUUACUGACACUGACUUUAUUCUUUUCACCGUCAAGACUGAGUAAUGAAGUUUGUAAUGGCCUACAAAUUUUAACACUGAACAUCUGUCCAAAUUAAAAGUUUCCUCUGGCUUCCAAGGAACUGUUACAGCAGGCCUGAGUUUGACACACAACACAAUUAUGCAAAGUCAUUUGUUUCGCUUUUUUCAGCUCUCAAUGUUGCUCAUUGUUCCCAACACAUUUGACUUAAAGGACCCGUGUGUAGAAUUUAGUGCCCCUAGUGGUGAGGUUGCAUAUUGCAACUGAACAUCCUCCCCUUUCCCCAGCAUGUAGAAGAACGUAGAUGUAAACACGUUAAAGGCCCUAAGAGACAGCAUUUGGUUUACCCAAUUUGGGCUUCUGUACAAAUAUGACAGAGCAACGUGGCUGACUCCGUGGAAGAGGACCGGCUCUCUAUAUAGAUGUGAAGGGCUCAAAUUAUUAAUCCCAUGAUCCAUUUCUAAUAGGUACCCCUAAAUCCUACACACUGGGCCUGCAAAUAAAACUAAACUGCAGUCUCUCACAAUUAACACGUUUGUUGUUGUUUCAGUGUUUAUUUUCUAGCAUGCACUCACACAGUUAAUCUGUGUCACACGAAUGAUUGUACGAUUGCUAUCGCUGCACAGCUGUGGAACCAAGGCAACCGAGCGUUUUGGAUGCCAUUUUGUCACUGACAACUAAUGGAUUGUGUGCUUCGCUGACUGUAUCAAUUGGCAUUUGCCUUGCUGUCACAGGGCCAGUGAGACAGCAGUGCCACCCAUGCAAACACAGUACUAACAAACAGCCUUGGUCACACACGAUAGGAAUCACACACACAACCUCCCGAAGAUGACCACUGAUCAAACUCAUAGCAAAUGCUCUUCAAGUGUGUCUUGAUAAAAUAUGUACUGGUGUAGUUCUGUUCAAAAAGAAUUCUACUGUAUGUUCUUUUGUUUGUUUGUUUCUUUCUUUCUUUUUUUGCUUUGUUUUUUUUUUUUUUUUUUUUUUUUAGAAAAUGUUUUGAUCUCUAGACUUUUAGUGAAAUUUAUACAUGAGAUAAAUAUACUGUAAGUAUAUGUUGUGUAUAUCCGCGGUGUGCACACACACACGCGCUCUGACAAAAGAAUCCAACCUGCGCUGCGCGUAGGUUUCGACUUGCCGAUGACUUUGCCUCAUAGAGACUGAAGAUUAAAAAAGUGGCUUUCUGGUUCAUGUGGAAUUAGAGAUUGGAAGUAUGAAUAAAAGAAAAAAAAUACUUAAAAAA